AUGAGUUUCCAAGCUGGAGGUCGUGGCUGCUUCAACUGCGGUGAUGCUUCCCACCAGGCCCGUGACUGUCCCAAGAAGGGCACUCCCACCUGCUACAACUGUGGUGGACAGGGACACGUCAGCCGUGAAUGCACUGUAGCUCCCAAGGAGAAGUCCUGCUACCGCUGCGGUGGUGUGGGCCACAUCUCCCGCGAGUGCCAGGCUAGCCCCGCCGAGGGUUUCGGUGCUGCUGCUGGUGGUGGCCAGGAGUGCUACAAGUGCGGCCGUGUCGGUCACAUUGCUAGGAAUUGCCCUCAGAGCGGCGGCUACAGUGGUGGCUUUGGCGGUCGUCAGCAGACUUGCUACUCUUGCGGUGGUUUCGGACACAUGGCUCGCGACUGCACCAAUGGUCAGAAGUGCUACAACUGCGGUGAGGUUGGCCACGUCUCUCGCGACUGCCCUACGGAGGCCAAGGGCGAGCGGGUGUGCUACAACUGCAAGCAGCCUGGCCACGUCCAGGCCGCUUGCCCUAACUAA